AUGUCUUGGGCAGCAAAAACAUUUUUGAAAAAAUUUGCCACAACAGGAGGUCUUUUUGGAGUAAAAGAUUUACUUAACCUAAAAAAAUUAACUGUCAGAAAUACCGAUGUCAGCAUACAAGAUAUUGAAAUACUACGGUGUAAACCGGAAAUUUAUAGUAAGGGUGGGGCUGGUAUUAGAGAUAAAGAUGGAAAUAAAAAAAUUUUUAAAUCCGAUGAGAUUUACCAAAAAAUGUUAGAAGUUUGUCAAAAAAACGGUCUUAGUUUUAGUGAUGAGAAAAUCAGCGAUGAAGACCGAAAAACUGUCCAGAAUCAAUUUUACAAACGAAUUCAAGGAGAUUUAGCCGCUAGUCAAAUAGCCAUAACUGAACUAGCCCCAGAGUUUCGACUUUUGGCUGACAUUACUCGGGUUUUUAACCAAAAAAAACUCCAAGCAAUAGAGAAUAUUAAACAACAACUAAAGAGUAGCGGGGUUUAUACCAAUAAAGAAAUAGACGAUUAUAUUAAUAAUAGUGUUCAUUCUCUCACGAUUGCUACAAUUUCUUCCCAGUAUCAUGAUUAUGAGAGAAUGCCCUACACUACUUUGGAAAAGGCCAAACCACAAAUUAUUGAAGAAAUUAAAUUCAAAAGGGCGGAAAAAGAACUAAUUAUGGCACUAAAAGCGGCGGAAAUAUGUCAGGAUAAUUACAUACAAAAAGCCGAAGAUCUCGUUCUAACUGAUAAGGACCCGUUCCAAAACUUUCCCACUGAGAUUAAGAAUUACAAAAGCAAAGCAGAAAUUGAAAAGCAAGAACAAGCCGCCUAUCAGCAUAUUCUCGGCAAGUUUAAAGCAAAAGUGCAACAAGACUUAGGUCCCGAACAACAAACUAAUGAAUACCAAGCUCUCAAUCAAGCCACCACUUGUGACUUGGUGAAAACAGUUCGAGGAAAUAUAAUGGCAGCCCGAAGAAAAAGUUCCCCUACUAAUCCUCUUAAUCCAGACAACCAAGGCUCAGAAAAAAAACCACUAAUUCCUUUGCCACCUCUUCCAGAAAAAGGAGAGAAAUCGGGCCUUAAAGUAACGGAUGAUGCCCCAAAGCCAGGGGCUAAACCGUCAGAAUUGAACAAGGGAAACGAUAAUAAAGACAAAAAAGAACAAUCUAAACCAAAAGCCCAGAGCAAUAAAAUUCCUCUACCGGUCAUAGUAUUUUUGGCAUUAACACCAAAAACUAGAAUCGAAGCAUUGCCUGAAUAA